AAAGACGCACCCACCGCUCUUUGCCACUCCCUUCCAGGUGAAGUGGUAACGGAGAACUCCUUCCUUAGCGCCGCUUACCUAUGAAACAAACGGAAACACCUUAAACCCCUUUAAUACUCUUUAUUUCGACGAGCAAAGGAGCAACUGAACAAUCCUAAACGAUCAAACAUAACUAUAAAAACAGCUUGACGAUGGAGGCAGCGCCGGGCGGUCUCGGGCGCUGUUCUUGCGCGUUCUGGCUUGCGGUGGCUUUCGACGUUCUUGGUCUCAUCAUAUUAUUGCUCGGCGUGUUUGGGGACUUAUUCUUCUACGACUUCUUGAUAUAUGCAGGAGCCAUCAUCAUUUUCCUCAGUCUUAUUUGGUGGGUUUUCUGGUACACGGGUAAUAUUGAGGUACCCCCCGAGGAGCUUGAGGAUGAUGUGGGUUUGCUAAAGAAGGGCAGAGGUUUGGCAGGGGUUGUCAGGAGGUUCUCCACCCGCCUCUCGAGCGGAAUCAGAAACUCUUUGAGGAGAAACGGGGGACCCCGUGCUCAAGGUACAGUGCCCGGUCAAGCAAAGAACAGAAGAGAUGGCCGUCAAGUACCAGUGGCUUUCGCAAUGACCUCUCAGGAUAAUGUGAGCACUGUGUCUGCGACGGUGACCGGAACAGAAACGCAGGCCAUCUGAACCAUCACGUACAGCAGGUUACAGAAGAGGAUAUUCAACCAUGGCAUUGCCUUAAAGGACUUUUGUUUUUCUCUCCUGAAAUAUUCUGUUUUUAUUGAAAACGUUUACAAUUAAAUUACAUUUUGUAUUACUUUGGUGAUUUUUUUGAUUUUGUGUUUUGUGCUUUGUACUAUACAUUAUUUUGAGAUUAUGCACUGAUGAAAAUAGCUAUAUGACGAAAUAAAUGCAAUUAUGUAUUUUCCUACA